AUGGAGAGAAAAAACACUGCUGGGAAUCUAGACUUCUGUAAAACAGAUAACUCCAACUUUUCUAAAACAGGCAUACUCCAUGGACAGAUGAUGAAUGGUACAUGCAUUAUUUUCAUUUGCAACAGAAAUCCUAAGCUGGAGUGGUACUGUUAUUUGAUGAUUCUGGUUUGCAUUUUCACUUUAUUAACAGGAUUUCUAGGCAAUAUACUUGCACUGCGACAUUAUGUUUACUGCAUGAAGACAUGGACUACCAAUACCAUAUUUCUCUUUAAUUUGGCACUGUGUGACUUUACUUGGACUCUCAUGGCACCUUUUUCAGUAUAUUAUAACAUCCAGAAGUUUGCUGUCUAUUUCAGCCAAGACUUUUAUCAGAUCAUAGGACUAUUUUUUAGUAUUAACAUCUAUGGCAGUGUGUAUUUCCUGACCCUCAUCAGUUUUGACAGGUACAUAGGCGCUGUUCAUCCCAUCAGUUCACUCACGUGGUGGGACAAAGACAAGGCUGUGUUCUGCACCAUCGGGGUGUGGAUCUUCAUCGUGAUGGCAUCGCUGCCCGAGGUUUACUACACAGUAGCAGCCAGAAGACAGCACGGCUUCAUAAACUACCUGGACAGCACUGACGAGCCGUUACGGUUUGCUGUGCCAUUCACAUUCUCCAAAAUGGUCCUGAGAUUCCUAAUUCCAGUCACAGUCAUCUUUACUUGCUAUGUGUUGACUCUCAAAGCUUUACUGCAAUUCAGUAAACGUCAGCAAAGGAGGAACAGGCUCGUUAGGCCUCUGUUACUGAUUUCAGCUGCUAUGGUUGUGUUCGCUGUUUCUUUCAUACCCUACCAUGUUAUGAUGAUGGUGAUACUAAUUUACAGAAUGAAUUGUCAACAACCCUGUGGGAAUAUAAGCACAUUAAGUGCCAUUUACAAAGUCACAGAGAUCAUCUGCAGCAUCAACAGUUGCCUUGACCCGAUCAUUUUUACAAUAGCAAAUAAGACAUUCUAUCAAAGAAUCAAAAAUAUAAAAUGUCGUCCCAAAUGCCAGUACUGCUGUUGUCUGACAGGAAGGGUAAGGGACAUCAGUCUGUCCCUGAGAACAAUGACUUAA